AUGGACUUAAUGAAUAGGGUGUUUAAACAAUUUCUAGAUGAAUUUAUCAUUGUGUUUAUUGAUGAUAUUUUGAUUUACUCCAAAAGCAGGGGAGAACAUGAACAGCACCUGAGAACUGCUUUACAGAUUUUGAGAGAAAAUAAGUUGUAUGCAAAACUGUCCAAAUGUGAAUUAUGGCUUGGCAGCGUAGCACUUUUAGGGCAUGUGAUUGAUACAGAUUGUAUAUCAAUGGAUCCACAGAAAAUUGAAGCCAUUGUAGACUGGCCAAAGCCAAUCAAUGUGUCUGAAGUUAGAAGUUUUCUGGGACUUACAGGCUAUUAUUGCAGAUUUGUGAAAGAUUUCUCUAAGCUUGCCUUGCCAUUGACACAGUUGACACAGAAAAAUGUACCAUUUGGUUGGAAUGAUCAAUGGAAGUCAGCCUUUCAAAAACUAAAAACUAGACUGGUAAUUGCACCAAUCUUGACCUUGCCUAAUGGAACCGAUGAGUUUUAG